AUGACGUUGAACAGAUCCCAGUUCCAACCAAGUACUCUCCCCUUCAUCGCCGCUAUAAAGUCUCUCCGUGGAGCUAUGGAAACUCUCUGUCUGCUCUUCUAUCUUCUCCUCACAUCAUCGAUUGUCGCCGCAUCCCCUGUCCUGUCGCAGACACGAGACUUGAAGAUCACGCCAAAAGUCUUCAUCAUAGAUGCAUUCGAGCCAGAGGAGGCCUCAUGGCACGGCAUUCCAGAGUUCAACGUCCUAGAGCACAACAUCACGGUCUCUGGCUUCUCGCCGCUCUUCCCCAAGGCCCACUGCACCCGAGACGGCACUAUCUGCCAGGCUGUGACCGGAGAGGCCGAAAUCAACGCCGCGUCGACUAUCACCGCGCUCGUCCAUUCACCCGCCUUCGACUUGAGGCGUACGUACUUCCUCAUUGCCGGCAUCGGGGGCAUCAGCCCCAAACAGGGCACGCUCGGCAGUGUGGCCUUCGCGCGCUUUGCAGUCCAGGUCGCGCUCCAGCGCGAGUUCGACGCGCGCGACAAGCCCGCAGACUUCCCGAGCGGCUACUUCCCGCAGGGCACCACUUCUCCGGGCGUGUACCCACACUCGAUCUACGGCACGGAGGUCUUCGAGCUCAACGACGACCUCCGCCAGCUUGCGAUCGGGCUCGCCAAGACGGGCACGCUCGUCGACGACGCCCGCUCCCAGCAGUACCGCGCGAACUACGCCACCGACCCCGAUUUCGCCCCCGCCGCGGCACCCCCGUCCGUCAUCGCCUGCGACACCGCGACGUCCGACGUGUACUGGUCGGGCCCGCUGCUCGCCGCGGCGUUCGAGAACACGACGGCACUCUUCACGAACGGGACCGCGACGUACUGCACGACGCAGCAGGAGGACAACGCGAUCUUCGAGGCGCUCGUCCGCGGGGCGCGCGCGGGCCUGGUCGACUUUGCGCGCGUCAUGAUCAUGCGCACCGGGAGCGACUUCGAGCGGCCGUACCCCGGGCAGACCGCGGCGGAGAAUCUGUUUGCGCACUCGCCUGGGUUCGACAUCUCGAUCAGUAACAUACCGGCGGCGGGGGUGCCCGUAGUGACGGGGAUUGUGGCGGAGUGGGAUGCGAGGUUCGAGAAGGGGAUCAAACCUAGCAACUAUGUUGGAGACAUUCUCGGGUCGCUGGGUGGGACACCGGACUUUGGGCCGGGGAGUAUCUUCGUCGGUGGGGACGGCGUAGCAGCGAGGCGUUCUCUGCGUGGUCGCGUGAACCGUUUCUGA